AAAUCGCAAAGACGGCUGCCUCUUCACAUCUUCUUCCUCUUCAUCAUCUGUCCCUUUAAAAUUAUUCAAAUUAACUCGUUCUUCUUUUUUAAUUGUCCUCUAAAUUCUCUUAUCCACAUUUACGUGUCUUAUCUUAUCUUUAUGUGAUGGAUAAGGCCGCCGCCGCCGCAUCGCUCUCAAGUCUCAAAGAGUAACUACUUACUUAAAAGUGUGUGAUUCGCUCAGGGAAUUAAAAUUUAACUGCGUUGUUGCAAGAAGAGCUUUAACUUUUGAAGGAAAUUGAUGGAAAUUUAAUAAAAGUUCGAAACUGGAAUUUCUGAGCCAAUUAAGAGGAACAUCGAUUCCAACGACGACCAAUAAUAUGGCAGCGCUGGACAGAGUUCUCGAGCUCAAUUUUAAAAGUGAAGAUGAAGAGCAACUCCUUUCCGACGGGUAUGAUUGGGCUUUACCACGAGCCUUUCAGGAGGAACGACACGUCGAUAAGGUCGAAGGGAGGGAAAAUACGCCGCAAUGUUGGAGAAUGAAGGAACGGAUGAAGACCGUCAGUGUGGCCUUGGUCAUGUGUCUAAAUGUGGGCGUGGAUCCUCCCGGAGUCGUCAAAAUGCAGCCUUGCGCCAGAUUGGAGUGCUGGGUUGAUCCAUUGUCCAUGAGUGCGCAAAAAGCGCUGGAAAGCAUUGGUGCCAAUUUACAAAAACAGUAUGAAAGGUGGCAGCCCAGAGCGCGAUACAAGCAAAGUUUAGACCCGACGGUGGACGAAGUUAAAAAAUUGUGCACUUCGCUCCGCCGAAAUGCUAAAGACGAACGUGUCCUUUUUCAUUACAAUGGUCACGGCGUUCCUCAACCCACGACGAAUGGGGAGAUUUGGGUGUUUAACAGGAAUUAUACGCAAUACAUCCCACUCUCGAUUUACGACCUUCAAACCUGGAUGGGAUCGCCGUCCAUUUAUGUUUACGAUUGCUCCAAUGCUGGGCUGAUUGUGAAAUCCUUUCAUCAAUUUGCAGAACAGCAUCAGAAAGAAUACGACGAAAUGUUGGCCAAGUCGCCAGCCUUGUCGAAUUGUCCGCCUCCCAACUUCACGGGUUGUAUACAACUGGCAGCUUGUGGGGAAACGCAAUCCCUUCCAAUGAAUCCAGACCUUCCAGCAGAUUUAUUUACGGCGUGUUUGACAACUCCGAUUAAAACGGCGUUGAGAUGGUUCGUUCUUCAAAAUAAGGACAAACUACUGCCAAACAUCACGCAAGAAAUGGUGGAAAAAAUUCCUGGACAGCUCAAUGAUCGUAGGACCAUGUUGGGAGAGCUCAAUUGGAUUUUCACAGCUAUCACGGACACCAUUGCGUGGAAUAUACUGCCUCGCCAUCUUUUCCAAAGACUGUUCCGACAAGACCUUUUAGUUGCAAGUUUAUUUCGUAACUUUUUACUCGCGGAAAGAAUCAUGCGAACGUAUGACUGCUCACCCGUGUCGUCGCCCAAGUUGCCUCCCACUUACAAACACCCCAUGUGGAACGCGUGGGAUUUAGCCUUGGACCUCUGUCUUGCUCAGCUUCCUCAAAUAAUCGAAGACAUGAAAGAACACCCCACCAGCCCAGUUCCACCCGGAAAUGGGAACGGAGGAAACGGCAAUACCGCAACUAGUAGCGUCGCAGACGUCGCUAAUGGAUCGCCUCACACACCUUCACCAUUUUUCGAAGAGCAACUGACCGCCUUUCAAGUUUGGUUGACGUUCGGAAACGAUCCCGAGCGAGCCCCGCCGGAACAACUGCCCAUCGUUUUGCAAGUCCUGCUCAGUCAGGUUCAUCGCGUCCGAGCGUUAGAACUUUUGGGACGAUUUCUCGACUUGGGAUGGCUCACGGUCAACUUGGCGCUGUCCGUGGGAAUUUUUCCUUACGUGUUGAAAUUAUUGCAAUCCUCAGCGAAAGAAUUGAGACCGUUGCUGGUCUUCAUUUGGGCCAAGAUUUUGGCUGUGGAUCAUACGUGCCAAAGUGACCUAGUUCGAGACGGAAGUCACAAAUACUUUAUUGCCAUGAUCGGCGACACAACGCUUCCGUUCGAACACAGGACCAUGGCGAUAUUCGUCUUGGCUAAUAUUGUUCGAAAUUUCAGAUCAGGACAACAAGCAGUUUUACAAGCGAAUGCUAUCGCCGUAUGUUUAGAAGCGUUAGACGAAAGCGACGCCGAGCUACGACGUUGGGUCUGCAUUUGUCUGGGUCUCACUUGGGCGGAAUUUCCAUCCGCUCGUUGGUGUGGCGUGAGGGACUCUGCACACGAAAAGAUUUACAACAUUUUGGAAGAUCCCAACCCAGAAGUCCGCGCCGCAGCGGUGUUUGCUCUCGGAACAUUUAUCAACAGCAGCAACGAGCGAUCCGAGCAUUCCAACUCGAUCGAUCACUCCAUCGCAAUGACAAUCAUUUCAAAACUUGGAACCGAGGAGGCCUCUCCCCUCGUCCGGAUGGAGAUUACCGUCGCCCUGCACAAUUUCGUCCUCGCAUUUGAAAACAACUUUAUUACCAUUGAACAACAACAGAUCGCAGCGCAGGAGCUCAAAAUGGCCUCGCCCGCCGGAGGAAACAGCAUGCGAAGAAUUUCCAGCCAUGCAAAAAUGCGACUUUUAGCCAACGCUAAUCCUUUAGCGACCGUCACGGGGGCAGAGACGCACAACAUGAAUCACGAUUCCAUGCGACGAGUUGCAUCCAGCAGCUCGCUCUCUAGUCUUUUAAUAGCUUUUAGCCCCUUAUCCGCUGCCGGUUCGGUUGGAGGAAUUUACGGAAAGGUCUGGGCUACUAUUACGACCUACGAGAAGGAUCCUUACCACGGAGUCGCUUUACUCGCGAGAACUGUUCUUCAAAACAUUCGGAUUAAGGCGAAAGAAGCUAUGAAAAUUAAUGGAGGCAAUAAGCUCAGCCUCUCUCUCGCCAACUCAUCCAUAUCUUCCACCGGUUCUGGUGGGCCAUCCGUUUCCAUAUCCUCAGUGGCUUCCACCCCCAUUAAAAGCAAUACCGGCACGGUGACAAGUGGGAGUGGAGCGAGAAGAACGCCAUCACCGGAUCCCACGGGAAGUGGGGACAUUACCAAAUCAACCAGCAGCUUCCAACCAUUAAUUGGGACAAAGUACAUUGAAUGGUGUUGGGAUCGUUUUGCUCGGCCCAGUGCUCCUGGCUCGGUCGUUUUAGGGACGCCGCUGACCUGCUGCCCAUCCACGACAUAUGUCGACCCUCAUGACCCCAUCCAGCAUACCAGAGAUUGGAGAUACGUACGAAAUUCUGGGAUACGUCGAGAAUGUUUCCGUCGUCCGAAAGCCUUCCCAGGAAAAAUCGAUGAACAAAUGUUCAGCUCAAGAAGUUUACACUCGUCGCAUGGCAGCUCGCCCAGUUCGGCCGCAUCGUCGCCCUCGUUCAAUUUUAGUCUUCACUCGGCCCCGUCUCUAGUUCGCCUUCAUGAUUACGAGAAACUUGUGGUAGCUUCGGAAGGCUCGGUCUUCUCGCUUUAUGAUUUAACCGACACAUCACGACUAAUUUGCAAAUCUGACAAUUCUUCUGAUUCAAGAAUCACAGCGAUUGAUUGGAUAAAUGCACAUGACGAAAGUUUGAUUAUCAUUGGAACGGACGAUGGCUCCGUCCGAGUUUGGAAACCAGACUUGGAAUCCGGAAAACCAAGACUGAUCACCGCGUGGAACGCACUAUCGGAUUUGGGUCUCAUUAAUAAGAGUUCAAAAUCAUACGGGCUUCAUUUAAAGUGGGAUUUAGAAGGGGAGAAAGUUUUGGCGAGUGGCGAUACGAAAAUCGUUCGAACCUGGGACAUAAAAACGGAGUUGAGAAAAGGAGAUUAUCCAACAGGAUUUGAUUGUCCCGUGACUUCCAUUGACAUGCAUCGUUGUGAACCUCAAUUGGCCGUUUUGGGCAUGGAGGAAGGAGCCGUUCGUCUUAUCGACUUUCGCCUCCCUCCAGCCGAAUGUGGUGUCGUGACGUGGCGUGAAUUUGGAGAUGGUUGGAUUGUUGGCGCCACUCUGCGAUACGAUAGGACCGUCGUAGCGGGAAAUGCUAACGGUCGCGUCAGAUUUUUCGACUUGAGAUCAAAAUCACCAACGAAAACGUGUGAAACCGGCACUGACAUUACCGCACUAGCCAUCCAUCCGCAUCUUCCCUACUUUGCUGGCGGAUGUCUCAACCAUUCCGUAAACGUGUACGGAUUCAUGGGCCAAAGUGCAUUCCAAGCAAAUGCGAUCAGAGACAGUUUAUUCAUCACUGGACGAAUGGGUGCCGUCACCUCGUUACAUUUCCACCCAUACAAAUCGAUCCUCGCCACGGCGGAUUCUUGCUCUGUCAACGUUUACAAGACUCGAGGGCUCCUCACGCUAUAAAUGAUGAUAAUCCAACCAGCAACUUUACUCACUCAAUUGAUAAUCAAAAUCAAGCCACGUUACAUAAAUAUUUGUAAUAUUAUUCAGCCAGAAUACGUUACAUUAGAUUUAAAUAAGCAGCUACUGUACAUCCCAGUCUAAACAAAUGAGCAAUACUAUUCAAAUAUUUUUUCGUCCUAUUCUGACAACGAUCAAAACUUUAAAUCUAGUAAUUUUUUCUUUAGUUUGUAUGUAAAACAAAAUAGUUUUAUUUUAUUAGUGUGUAGCUAAACGAUUUAGAUGACUUUUGUUUCCUUCAAUUGUGGAGAUAGAUUUUUUGUCUCUGACCUUAUUUCUGAUAACCGUGUUUCUGAUAACCAGAUUUAUGAUAACCUUCUUCCUCUUUUUAUGUUUUAGUCAAGUCAAAUUAUGAUUAUUACGCAGCUAUUAUUCUUUAAGAAAACUUGGUUGAGACGAAAACGAAAAAUAAAAAUAAAAUUGUGAAAUGGAAAAAU